UUUCGCGACGACGUCUCAUUUACUCUCAACACGCGAAAAAAAAAUUCAGAAGAGGCGACAAGGCGAUUUUGCUCUCGAAAGGUGAAGAACAUUAAUCGAAGGAUUCUCGAUGGUAAAGAGGAUAAUCGAAGGGUUCUCGACGCAAUCGAAGGGUUCUCGACGCAAUCGAAGGGUCCUCGUGUUGAUUUAUGGAUUUACGCUAGUCUGCAAGUUUGUUGGGAGCUUUGAAGCGGCCCUGAGGGAGCAGAGAAGUGGGCAAAAUGAUGAUGAUGUGAUGAAAGCUGCCCUCGAUAUCUUCUACAAUGACUACUCCAUCAAGUUCACCCUUGAACAUGCGUGGAGGGAGCUGAGGCAUGACAAGAAAUGGUGCUCCACCUUUCUCGCUAAGGACAAUGUGAAGGACAAGCGCAAACAAGCGUUGGAGGUUGAUGGAGAAGAGGCAGUGGGAGCUGGAGAGGCUAGACCUAUUGGUGUCAAGGCUGCUAAAGCUUCUAUUAAGAGGAAGAAAAGUGGUAGAGAAGAGGAGUUGGAGAAGAUUCACGGCAUUAUGGAAAUGAAAGACAAGAUAUCUAAACGCAAAGUGCUUGAGCGUUUACUUGCCAAAACUGAUCCACUAUCUGAGAUGGAAACAUCUUUAAAACUGAAACUUAUGUCUGAGAUGUUAUGAUGUUUAGUAGACUAGUUUAAGGUAGUACAAGGUCUGUCUUUUCAAUCACGGAUGUGAACGAAGUCACAGGUUAGAGUGAUUUGUUUUUUUCUUAGUCACGGAGUGAUGUGUUGUUUUCCCAGUCACCGGUGUGAAGGAAGUCACGGAGUGUUAUGUUUCACUUCUAUAAGUGAAGCUGUUUUGUUGUUUUACCUAUGUAUCUUCUUUCCUUUGUUUCCUUAGCUUUCUUUCUCGUAUGAACAUGUAAUCUCUUUCCUUAGUUAUCGUUUGGUACUUGUAAUGUCGGCCUUGAUCUCUAAACAACUUGCUUCUCUUUC